GCGAUCUUCCAGAUUCUCGUCAAUCAGCUGCUAUCAGCUGUGUUGCUAUCAUGAUAUUGAAUAUCAUUGUUGUCAUUACUCCGAAGUGAAAGUAACAACACUACUAUAACUUGCAUUUACGAAUCCCGUAUAUUUACAUACGCAAUGAAAUCUUUGCUCAAUGAAUAAUGACCAGUGCUGCAUUGCCAAAGUCAAAACUAAAUCCCCUGAUUGUGUUUAUGGAAUAAUAAAGAACACAAUCCUUAUGACAUAUUAAAGGAUUUCAAGUCCUGAAUUAACUAUUUAUAGACCAUCGUGAAAAUGGACAGCCUUUUCACGCAAAAUAUCUUAGAUGAAUUGGAGGAUAUACCGCAAACAGAUGAGCCAGUUUGGAUUUUUGGAAAAAAAUACGAUGCCAUAAAAGAGCUGGACACUAUCCGUAGGGAUAUAACGUCAAAGUUAUGGUUCACAUACCGAAAAAAUUUUGUACCAAUUGGCGGUUACAGCUCGCAAUAUACAACUGAUAAGGGUUGGGGUUGUAUGCUAAGAUGUGGACAAAUGGUUCUGGGUCAAGCCUUAAUUAUAUUACAUUUAGGUAAAGAUUGGCAAUGGACACCAGAAACUAGAAAUAACACGUACCUGAAAAUUCUGGAACGCUUUGAAGAUAAUAGGUCUGCCGCUUUUUCUAUUCAUCAAAUUGCAUUAACAGGAGCAUCUGAAGGAAAGGAGGUCGGACAAUGGUUUGGUCCCAAUACAAUAGCACAAGUAUUAAAAAGAUUAGUUGUGUUUGAUGAAUGGAGUUCAAUUACGAUACAUGUGGCCUUGGACAAUACAUUAAUAGUUAAUGAUGUUCUAAAACAAUGUAGAAUAGAAGGAGGUACAACGGCAGAAGCUGAUGGCAAUGUACCAUUAAAAGCACCAAGCCAGUGGAAACCUUUGUUACUUUUGAUACCUCUUCGUCUUGGAUUAAACGAGAUUAAUCCUAUUUACAUUAACGGUCUUAAAACCUCAUUCAAAAUUCCACAAUCUCUGGGAGUGAUAGGAGGAAAGCCUAAUCUCGCGCUAUAUUUUAUAGGAUUCGUCGGGAACGAAGUAAUUUAUUUAGAUCCACAUACAACGCAAAGAUCAGGCAGUGUUGGAAAAAAAUUAGAAGAGGAAGAAAUCGAAAUGGAUGCUACGUACCACUGUAAAUCUGCUAGUCGUAUUCCUAUUACGGGAAUAGAUCCUUCUGUAGCACUUUGCUUUUUUUGUGCAACUGAAAAAGAUUUUAAAUCCAUGUGUAAAUCUAUUCAAGACGAACUAAUAGCACCUGAGAAGCAACCUCUGUUAGAAUUAUGUGCAGAGAGAUUGGCACACUGGUCACCUGCCGAGGAUGUUGCUUCGGAAGUAAUACCAGCUUCAAGUUUUGUAGAUUUUGAGCACAUAGACCCACAAUGUGAUACAUCCGACGAAGAUUUUGAAUUACUUGGUUGACAUUUAGUUGUCAAUUGACAAGAAUCUGCGAUAUAAAUACUAUAUAUCUGGCAUUAAACAUCCAUUCGUGUAUAAAAUGCAACUAUUCAUUCAAUAUUCAUACUUAACUUAACCCAGUAUUCUUUUAGUACUGGAAGUUAAAGGUAAUAAAAUAAUUUAUACCAAAUAAUAAAAUAUUGUAUAAUAAUUGUAUCUCAGUUUUUGGAUAUAAGUGAUCAUCGAUAUCAACCGUUCACGGUAUACACAAAUUUUGAUCAAAAGAAUUUUAAACUUGUCUAUAAAUAUGUAUUUGUUUUCACGUAUGUAUGUAUGUACAUACUUAUUUUUUUAUACAGAUAAUAAAUUAAUAUAUACAAAGAUGAGACAAAGAAGAAUCUGAUAAGUCAUACUUUCCGUACAGAAGAACGAGUUCAUUUUCAGCAAGUGAUAUGUUGUUUAAAGCUCUGUGUAAUUGAUUAUAUUACAUUGAUUAACAAUUA